CAGACCCCAGUCCUGACUAUUUCUCAAUCCCUAAAAGCCCAGUUCCUGUGGGCAGCACUCGACGCGCCUGCCCCUCUCCUUUCCACACUUCAAGGGAAAGACGAGAUCUUGCACAAGGUCCCCUGUGUCUGCCUUCCACCAGGGAAGCCUGACAUGGAGCCUCUCCGCCUGCUCAUCCUGGUGGCCGUCACAGAGCUGUCCCGAGCCCACAACACCACCGUAUUCCAGGGCAUGGCGGGCCGGUCCCUGCAGGUCUCCUGCCCCUACAACUCCUUGAAGCACUGGGGCAGACGCAAAGCCUGGUGCCGCCAGCUGGAUGAAGAGGGCACGUGCCAGCGGGUCGUCAGCACCCACCGCUCGUGGCUGCUGUCUUUCCUGAAGAGGUGGAAUGGGAGCACGGCCAUCGUGGAUGAUGCCCUGGGGGGCACACUCACCAUUACGCUGCGGAAUCUUCAAGCCCACGACGCCGGCCUCUACCAGUGCCAGAGUCUCUAUGGUGAUGAGGCCGACACCCUCAGGAAGGUCCUGGUGGAGGUGCUCGCCGACCCCCUUGAUCACCUGGACCCUGGAGGUCUCUGGAUCCCUGAAGAGUCCAAGAGCUUCGAGGAUGCCCAGGUGGAACGCAGCAUGUCCAGGGGUCUCUCAGAAGAGGAUAUCCCCUUUCCACCCACUCCCAUCCUUUUCCUCCUGGCCUGCAUGUUUCUGGGCAAGCUUUUAGCAGCCAGUGCUCUCUGGGCUGCGGCCUGGCAUGGGCAGAAACUGGGGACGCCCCGGGCCGGUGGGCUGGACUGCAGCCGUGACCCAGGUUACCAGCUCCAGACCCUAACAGGGCAGAGAGACACGUGAGAGAAGACCCGGCAUGGGAAGAGAGGCCCCGGGAGAGGUCUGCUGGGACCACCCCGGCCUGCACACUUGCCCCUCAGCCACCAAGACUCAUGGUUCUGCUUUGGUGAAAGGUCACCCUGCCCACACCCUGCUUCCCCUGGCCCCUGGAAACAGAGGGGUGUGUGUGUGUGUGUGUGUGUGUGUGUGUGUGUGUGUGCAGGCACACCUGGGAAGUGGGAAGGACAUUGACCAACUUGUAGGCAUUGGUUAUUAAACACUCUCACAAAUAAAUCCAAGACUUCUCUUUGGCUACCAGGCUAGGAGAAUGAAUCUGGAUGAGGAAAAGACAAGAGGUCUGCCUCCUUGGGGCCUCGGGUCUUAGGCUACCGGGUCUCUCUGUUCUCCCCGCCUCCAAACUGCCCAUCUUUUGCUUUUCCUCGCUCCCUUCCCUAGAUCUAAUUGCUGGAUCCUGCCUCCUCGUCUGGGAUUUCUCUAGCAUCCAGGCUGCUGCCCCUCUCCUCCAUUUGCCUCCCACCUGUCAGUUCCUGAGGAUUAUUGCGGCCCACCUCCCCCAUCCGUCAGUCCAUCUAACGCCCAGCUAACUCAUCGACUCGCUUCCCCAGACCUCUGCUUUCCGCGUGUUACUUCCCCUCCAGGGGAACACCCACGGCUGGCCUCAUGGAGUGCAGCAUACCAGAGCCGGGAACUACUGGUCUGAGCCCCUCACUGCACAGAAGGGAAACUGAGGCUCACGAGGGAAAGAUGUCACCCCAAGUCCCCAGUAGAGCCUGGAAGUGCAAAUUUCACUUUGUGUUCACGUUGCCCUUCCCUCUAGCUCCAUCCUACUCAUUUAUUUCAUGAGAAAAUGGAUAUGUUCUGCGCCAGGUACCAUUCUGAGAGCUGGAGACAAGCGAGAACCAAACAGGCAAAGAUUCCUGCUCACACAAGGUCCCCGGACCCGGGGAAGGGGAGGGAGACAGACACAAGUCAGUCAGCCAGAUGGUAUGCUGAAGGGCAAAAGUGCCCAGGAGGAAACGACCAGUGAAGCCAGGCUAGGCGCACUGGGGGUGCACAAGGGACAGGGAUGAUGUAAUUUAGAGGGCGACAGAAGGAAUCUGCGUAGGAGAACCACAUCAGGGGGAGAGGACCAGGCCAGAGGGACUCAUCUCUCCCCGGGGCACACACACACCACUGUGGCCUGAGUGAGGGGAGUGGGGACGCAGACUUGCCCAGGGAGGGCUGCGGGGGGAGGAGCCCAUCCUCAGGCUUUCUGUCCUGGGCCUCUGUGAGGUGGAAGCCUGGGACCCUCUGUGGACGUGGCCACAAGUGGCAGCUUUGCCCCCCACCGUGGGCUUUCGGAUCGUUGGGAAGGACCCCCGAUGCAGCCCUCGUGCCCAGCCUCAUGUGCACACAUCACUCCCCAGAGCCAGUCUUGCCCAGACCUGCUUGGCUCACUCCCCGCAGAUGCUGGGCCGGGCUGUGUGUCCCAGGCCCUUAGACUCAGCCGCAUGUGAAGCUUUCUCAUUGUGUCCCAGGCACCGGUCUCCUUCCCGCAGACCCAAGGCACUCUCUAGCGGCAAAGAUGCACGGCUCCCCAAGCCUGGCACGAGAACGUGUCUGCACUUUCCCUGUUCUUGGGAGCUUGGCCUUUUCUCUUUCUUCCUCCCCCACAUUGGAGACGUCCCCCUGGGGACUUGGAUCACCACUGGGAUCCCCUGCCUUGGACUCUCUGGGGUGCACACUGGACUGAAGGGGGGAUCAGGUAAUUUAGUUUCAAAUUUAAGCUUUGCCUCCUACUAAGAAACCUGAGCCCCAUGGUCCUCACCUAAUAAAAACACAGAACAGGGGCACCCGGGUGGCUCGGUCAGUGAAGUGCCUGGCUCUUGAUUUCGGCUCAGGUCAUGAUCUCACGGUCAUGACAUUGAGGCCUGCAUUGGGCUCUGCGCUGGGCAUGGAGCCUGCUUAAGAUUCUCCAUCUCCCUCUCUCUUUACCCCUUCCCCCUCCUCAGAAAUCAAUCAACCAAACAAACAAAAAACAAACAAACGAGCAACCCUGCUUUGCUGAAGUUUUGUGAGGUUGAAAGAAAUACCAUUAGUGAAAGUCCCAGGGCUGAUGUCUGGUGCAGAAUAGGUCCCGAAUAAACACUGGCUUCCUUCCUCUUCUAUAAUGCCCACCUCCCUGAGGCCAGGAUCCUGCCUGGUCACCUCUGUCCUUUGUACCCAGCGGUGGACCAUUUUAGGCACUCAGUCAAAUACUGAGGACAGGUCUCGCUUCACAAUACUUCUGUGGACUGUUAGUGUAAUGACUUACCCGCAAGGAAAUCAAAGAAAGCCUGAUACAUACUGGCAGGACAGAUAUAAGCAUUUCCACAUCACCCAUGAGGCUGACCCACCUGUCUGGUUUGCCCCAGACUUUGCCAGUGUAUCACCAAAAGACCCAUGUCUCCCAGGAAAACUCCUAAGUCUGCGCAGACGGGACAACUGGUCACCCUCUCACCACUUCCAGCUUAACGCACUGUCUGGCUUUCUCAGGCUCCUGGUCCCAGUUCCCAGUGGUAACUUCUUGUUCCUGAAGGAAGGAGAGAGCAGAGAGAGGGAAGGAGCAGAGAAGGGAGGGGAGAGGAAGGAGGGAGGGUAGUUUCUUUAGCCCCUUUCUAGGUGUGAUGUCUAGGUCAGGCGUUGGCUGCCCCUUCCAGACAUCCUCACCUUACUUGCCUUUGUCUCUCCGAGCACCAGUGCUCCCCCCUGGAGUCCCAGAUCAGGAGGUGUAUCGUCCACGUUCUGUGCAGGGUCCCCACACCCCAGUUCUGCACAGGGGGACACGAAUGGGGGCCAGAUGUUUCCUGGGUGGGCAGUGGGUUCCUGUCACGGGAAGGGAACCCCAAAUUACGAGGCUUGGAGUUUACACAUGGCAUCUGGCACAUUGGCCCAUCUUCCUCUCUGGAGAGACAGAUAGU